AUGACCACCCCACCACCCCUCCGCAUCACAAUCAUCGGCGCGGGCAUCGCCGGCCUCACCUGCGCCCUCGCCCUCCGCCGCAAUGGCCACACCGUCACCCUCCUGGAGAAAUCCACCUUCCACCAAGAGACCGGCGCCGCAAUGUACGUAGGCCCCAACUGCUCCGGGCACCUCAUGCGUCUCGGCUGGGAUCCGCCUUCGACAGGCGCGAAUCUCUGCGAGGGCGUGCUUUCGAUCGUCGGUCCGACCGGCGAGGUGAGGAAUAAGAUGGGGUUGGAGGGGGUUAGUAGGCAGUGGCAGAAUCCUUGGUUGCUUGUGCAUCGGGUGGAUUUGCAUGCGGAGUUGAAGAGGUUGGUUACUGAGGAGAAGGGGGAGGGGAGGGCGGUGGAUUUACGUUUGGGUGUGAGGAUUGUGGAGGUCGAUGCUGAAGCUGGGAAGGUGGUGUUGGAAAAUGGGGAGGUGUUUGAGAGUGAUGCGAUCGUCGGCGCGGAUGGGAAUAAUUCCAUCGCCCGCAAGAGUGUGGACUCCAGCGCGGUGCUGAGGCCUUGGGGGAAGAGCUGUUAUCGCUUUCUUGUGGAUCGGGAGGUCUUGAAAAGGGAUGAGGAGACGAGGGCCUUGGUGGAGGAGGAUGGGUAUUUUUUGGAUGUGCUCGCGAAUGAUCGCAAGUUUGUGGCGUAUCCUUGUAGGAGCAAUACGGAGGUUAACAUGGCGGUUUUCUUGCCGGAUGACCAGACGGAGGGUCGGGGUGAUGACUGGGAUCAGCAAGGUAACAAGGCGAAGAUGAUGAGUGGGUUCGCAAGUUUCUACCCUUCAGCGAGGAAGUUGUUGAGUUAUGCGGACGAGGACUUGAAAGUUUGGCAGUUGGUCGAUAUGGAUCAGUUGAAGAGCUGGAAUGCGGGACGAUUGGCAUUGAUUGGCGAUGCAGCUCAUCCGUUCCUGCCAUUCCUCGGUCAAGGCGCCGCACAAGCGAUCGAAGACGCUAUCUCAGUUGCAACUGUUCUUCAGUUCGGCACGCCGGCCUCGGAUGUGCCUGAAUUGAUGAAGUUGUACGACAGCAUCCGAAGAGAAAGGGUUGACUACGUCCAGGAGCAAACCAGGUUGAAUGGACUUGAUGAGGACAAGGGUCGACCUCCUCCCAUAUGA